UUCAGAAAUCUGGAAGAUUAAGGUAAAUCGCUUUGGAAUGUUCAUAUGUAAUUUUAUUUCACUUCAAUCGUUCCAAACUUUAUCAUACUGUGCAUAGUAUUCUGGAGGCAGUAAUUUAUGGGGAAGUUCAAUAAUUCUAUUAAUUUGCUGAAGAACUCAGUCCAGUUUCUAUAUCAACAACGUGGUUUGCAUACGGCGCGUGGGAUGGCCUGCAGCCGAUUCGAAUAUGUUAAAAACUACGAACAAGACGAUAGUAUCCUGCCUAAUGUUUGGAUCGUUAUACGUUUGGACGGCAAGGGCUUUCAUACAUUUUGUAAAGCUCACAAUUUUGCCAAGCCGAAUGACGCAAAUGCUCUGAAUUUAAUGAAUACGGCCGCAGUAAGUGUCAUGGAAGAAUUUCGUGAUAUAACACUGGCUUACGGCCAAAGUGAUGAGUACUCAUUUGUUUUCCGCAAAGAAACUAAUGUCUUUAAUCGGCGUGCAGCUAAGCUUCUUUCAUAUGUUACCAGUUUAUUCACUUCAGCAUAUGUAUUUAACUGGAGCAGGUGGAUGAGUAGUAAGUCUUUGCUGUAUCCUCCAUGUUUUGAUGGACGUAUUGUUUUGUAUCCAUCGGAUCAGAAUUUGCGCGACUACCUCAGCUGGCGACAAGCGGAUGUUCACAUUAAUAACUUAUACAAUACAGCGUUUUGGAAUUUGGUAUUAGAAUCGGGUCUAAGUAAUCAAGAAGCUGAAGCAGAACUACGCGGGACAUUUUCCGCAGACAAAAAUGAAAUGCUUUUCACGAAGUUUGGCAUUAAUUAUAACAAUCUCCCAGUUAUGUUCCGAAAAGGCACUGUACUUCUAAGAAAAAGAGUAAAAACUGAGGGCGAUGGUGGUCUGAAUAGACAACUAAUUGUGCCUCAUCACGAUGACAUGAUACGUGAGAAGUUUUGGAAAGAUCAUAGUGAAUUACUAGGAAAGUACAAGCCGGGCGAUUAUGUAUGUGCCGCCGAAGAUAUACCCCCUGUGCUCCUAAGUCAGAUUGAAAAGCUGAAUUUAGAUGAAGAUAAAGGGAAAGUCGGCGAAAAUUACAGUUAGCAUUAAAAUGUUAAGUAGAAUUAUACUGGUUUUGAAAUAAAAAUUCAUUUUAAUCGGUAUGCUAGGUAUCUAUUGUAUAGUUCUCAAUUACAU